CCAAUUGUGCCUUCAAACUGGCAUUUUAAUUAGUUUAGUACUUUGUCUGACGUGUCGUCUAAUUGUUUGAGCGUUAAUUCGGUCAUAGAUGGUCCGUGGAAGGUGCUACAAAUAAAAGCAAACUCCAGCCGGACACUUUCCUUGAUCGACCCUUGAACGGACCUUUUUCUUUAGUUUUUGCUUCUGUGGGAGUCAUCGUCCAGAAGGGCGCUACCAUUUUAUAUGACUUUAGUAAGCCACAAAGAGACAUUAUUAACCAAAAGCAUAGUUGGGAGUUUAGGGCCCGAGCCAGCGAGGUGUAUGACUUCGCAGCGACGUGAGCCCACCUGUUAUAGGACGACAAAAUUUUCAUCGACAAAUAGGCAUCGGAAACUCCAGCCCUUCAGAGAAACGUGACUGACGUCCGAAUUGCGAAAAACAGCAGCAAAAAUUCUUUCACCACCAGUAAUCAAAAUAAUAAAAUCACCGCAACCAUUGACAUUAAAAUCGUCGUUGGUACGCCACUGGCACCACAACCAUGGGCAGCGUCAACGUCAAUCGCAGCGUCAGCGAUGUCUUUUAUCGCUACAAGAUGCCCCGGCUGAUGGCCAAAGUGGAGGGCAAAGGUAACGGCAUCAAAACGGUCAUUGUUAAUAUGGCCGAAGUGGCCAAGGCCCUAGGCCGACCCCCCACCUAUCCGACGAAGUACUUUGGCUGCGAGUUGGGCGCUCAGACUCAAUUCGAUUUCAAAAACGAAAGAUUUAUCGUCAAUGGAUCGCACGAUGCGGGCAAACUACAAGACCUACUCGAUGGCUUCAUCCGGAAAUUCGUUUUGUGUCCCGAAUGUGAGAACCCUGAAACCGAGCUGCUUGUCUCCACCAAACGCAGCACCAUUUCUCAAGGUUGCAAGGCAUGUGGCUACCACGGCCCGCUAGAAUCCAACCAUAAAUUGGUCACUUUUAUUUUGAAAAAUCCGCCAAAUUUAAAUCCUGCCGUUCAGGGCUCGUCAUUGACUGAAGGUAAGAGAUCAAAGAGGAGCAAACGCGCCAACGGAGACACCAAUGGAGACACCAGUCAAGUCGACGAUCAAAACGAAAGCUUGGAGGCAUCAGUUAAUGAAAAUUCCAAGAACGGCGAUGAUGACGACGCACACGAAUGGCAAGCUGACGUGUCGGAAGAAGCCGUUCGCGCCCGAAUGCAGGAUUUGACCGAAGGUGCAAAAAAUAUGACCAUCAAUGAUGAUUUAGAAAAGAGCGAAAAGGACCGAAUGGAUAUUUUCUACGAGUUGGUCAAGUCGAAGCGCGACGCUGGUCAGUUAGACAACCCACAGGUGUAUAAGGAGUUGUACAAUGAAGCCGAUCGUUUGGAAAUCAAGACUAAGGCCCCUCUGGUCUUGGCCGAGGUUCUCUUCGAUCAGAAUAUGAAAAACCAGUUGUCCGAUUAUAGGUUGUUGCUUUUGCGUUUCUGCCAUGAUGAUAAAAAGGCACAGAGAUAUUUAAUGGGAGGGUUCGAGCAAGUGAUUGCCUUGCAUCGCGAUACUUUGCUCAAUAAGGUACCGGUUUUGCUCAAAACGCUCUACGAUUUGGAUGUUUUGAGCGAAGCUACGAUUAUCGCAUGGGCGGAGAAGGUGUCGAAGAAGUAUGUGUCAAAGGAAGUCAGUCAGGAGAUUCAUGAUAAGGCCGCGCCGUUUGUCAAGUGGUUGAAGGAAGCCGAAACGGAAGAGUCCGAAAGCGAAGAAGAAAGUGAUGAUGAUGUCGAAAUUGAAUACAACGACCGAGCUCAAGUCGUUCCAUUGAAACCGACAUCCACUACAAACAAUAAGACGGAACGUGUCGAAGAUGAUGGAGAGGAUGACGUCGACAUUGAUGCCAUUUAAAGAGUUCUUAUCCCGAUAACAGGGUGCCGAGUGUAAUUUUUUUUGGUUCGGGUUCACGCACUCGGCUUUUUUGUCUCAAAAAUGAUUCGCAUUAUUUUUAUCAUCAAAUGGUUGUAUGUUUAGCAAGUAAAGUUUGAACACAUUUUGUUAUCAGAUAGUUACGAAACUGUUUUCUGGUACCCGACAUUAAUGUAACAAAACUUCCAUUCACGAAUAAAUUGAUUGAUUGUAUCAUUUCUAAGGUUUCAUUCAAGUGUUUUUCUUUUCACAAUAUUAUAUGAGAUGUUAUAUAAAGGAUUUUAUUAUAAUUACUAUUAUAGUUAUAUAGAUAGGUUUCCAUAUUUCCCAUGUCAAAUAUCGAGCUGUAUCCGUGGGUUUUACGAUUUUAUUAUUGUUUAAAUGUGAAUAAAAUUUAAAGCAUCA